UUCCCCAAGAUUAAACCACUUCUUGGGAAGGAAAUGGGUCGUUUUUUGUUUGUUAUUUUUUAUGUCUGGGCAGCUACUUAUUGGUGCUUUUACGUAAUUGUAUAUGUUUAGAAAAAAUAAGUUCACCGGAGACGCUGACGAGUUGCUUCGGCUCAGCUAAUUACCUAGCUACGAGUUCGCCGAGUAGUCGAGUAACGUUAUAUCGAUAUACUAACGUUAUGUACCGCAGCACUUAUUUGCAGAUUUGAAGCUAACAUGAAGUCAAAUCUGACAUUCUUCAUCAGAAAAUACCUGGAAGAUUUGUGUUUGUGCAUGCAAUACAUUAUAUAGUGUACAUAGUAGUUUGUCUACUACAAGUACUGUAGUAAAUAAUAUAUUACAGUAUGGUGGAAAAUAUAAAUCACUGUUUAGGUAGUAUAGAGUGGAUAAAUAUUAUACUGUGAACAGCUUUUACUGUGGAAAUAUUUAUUGUGAGUAAUAAGUAAAGUAAAAGUCAGGCUGUUUUAACACAGUAGUAUUUCAUUAACAUUUAAAACUGAGAACAUGGCUCCUGAAAUGUAAGCAAAGAUCCAGACACACCUGCCAAAUGAUGGUAAAGUACAACUCUGCUGCAUAAAUUAUAUUCCUUCACACCCACUUUGAGCCAAUAAUAUUUGAAUGCCUCUGCGGUUUUCCCUUCUGUUGUUUUUCAUGGUGAGCCAGAAACCUAUAUUUGGACACUUGCAUGCUAAAUCAAAACACUUGUGUGCCUUCGAGGGUGUGGAGAUGCUGCCGGUGGAGCAUCUUCACCUGGAACAUGUUCUGCAGACUGUGUCCGUGUUGGAGUCAGUCAUCCUCCGCAGUUUUGGCCCUGAAGGAGGACAGGUGCUGUUCAUCCGAGACACAGGACAGGCGAUGUUGAGUCGCAGUGGGACACACAUCCUCACAGCACUACGCCUGGACCAUCCACUGGCCAGGAUGGUGGUGGAGUGUGUCUUGAAACACAGCUCUGUAACAGGCGAUGGAUCCAAAACCUUUAUCCUGCUGCUGGCGUCAUUACUACGGAUGAUUCAUACAGCGGCCUGCAAGGGAACUAAUGUGUCUCACGCCUAUAACUCCAGGAAAGCAGCAGAGGCUGCCACUGCCAGGCACUUGGCUGACAAGCUGCUGGCUUUUGCAUUGGAGGAGCUUGCUGAUGUCAUUGCUAUGGGAGUGGUGCCGUAUGGAUACUGUAUUUCGUGGGAGGAUUUCACAGCAAAAACACAAUCACCAGCUCACACAAACAAUAACUGCGUUCAAAAGCUGCUGGCAUCAUUUUUUCUUUCACGUCUGGGUCGCACCCACUGUGACUUUAUUAGCAACCUCACCUGUGAACUGCUCUCUCACUGGAAGUUUAAAAAUAACCAACCUCCCUUCACACUUCAGUUUGUAAAUGACAACCUGCCAGCAUUGCAUACACCCGUAUCGGGCUUCCCUAUUAGUUGUUCACGUUUGAUUGAGGGGCAGGUAAUUCACAGGGACUUUGCUACACCUUGCCCUCAGACUGACCACCACCCAGUUAAAGCUGUAGUUUUCACUAGGUACCUGCAGCCAAAAUUGCUCAGUGCAGGAGAAGUCCUGGAGCUGGGAUAUGGAGAGCAAGGGAAGGAGAGAAGCAUUGUGCAGUUUAGUGCCUGGGCAGAAAGGUCACUCGAGUGUGUCAUUGCAAACCUGCAGAGUUUGGGUGUCUCUGUGAUCCUGUCUGCAGUUAAACAGUCUGCUGCUGUCCUGGCUUUAGCUGCACAGGCUGACAUGUGCAUUGUGGAGUGUGUCAGUGAGGAUGAGCUGUCUCUCUUUGCCCAGCUAAGUGGGGCCAGACCUGCCUCAGACUGCUGGAUGAUUGAAUCAGACCACGUUGCUACUCUGACUUUUUGCCGACCAAUACUGCUGGGCGCCCAUAGGUAUGUCCAUGUGGCUUUCCAUGAUUCAGAGGAAGCGGUCCAGGUCAAACCCUGUAGUCUGGUCAUUUGUGGUCCAGGGGAAGGGCAAACUGACCAGUAUGCAUGUGCAUUUCGAGAUGCCAUUCACAUGCUACGUUUAACUUUGGAGCCCAUGGGUAUGACUGCAACCACAGCAUCAAAGAGGACCUUACAGUCAAACAAAAACACAUCUUUAGAAAUGGAGAAUCAGAUUGCCAGUGCGCCUCCCUUCCAGAAGUGUGUGUUGGAACCAGGCUGUGUUAUACCUGCUGGUGGGACAUUUGAGUUUCUCUUAAACCAUGCCCUCCUACAACAUCAUGGCCGCAGUUGCUCAGUUUCUGAUGACACGAAUAUGGGUAUCCCUGCUGUUUCACAGCUCUUGGCAAACGUUCUGCUGAGCCUGCCCCGACAGAUUUACUCCCAUAGUCCGCGGUGUUUCCUGCAGACUCAAACCAGGCUCCUGAGUUUUAUUGAAAAUCAUUCCCACCCUUUCAGCCUCGUACAGAAACAAGAACACAACACAAUCCUCAUACAAGGUUGGGGCAAAAGUGAACGUUCUCUAGAGGAUGGUAAACAAAGCAUGCAUUGUUGUAGAGAGGCUGACGUGUCAUCAAAAGUUUUUAUGUUGGACUUAGGCCUUGAAUCUGUCUCUUGUAAAUACCAGCUGCUUCUGGCCGUGCUGCAGUGUGUCUCAAGUCUUCUCCAGGUAGACGCCGUGCUGCGCACACAGACUGCCUUACGCACACAGUCACACAGACUUCCAAACAUUUCCUGGGAGGGCACAGAGGACGAGGCUGAGGAAUGAGAUUGUAUUGUAUCCCAAGAUGAAAGCCAUACACAUAUUUUCUCUCAGUACUUGGUUUCAUUCAAAAGGUGGGGGAAAUAAAUUGCACUUUAAUUCUGA